GCAGAGAUGUUGACAGACUCUAAUUAUCAAGGAAAAUAAGUGGGAGUGGAAUGUUGCAAGUGCACCAGCCAGCUGAAGGAAACAAAAAGGCAUUGGAAGAAUAUCUGAAGGACCAUGAAGAAGAUGUGCUAAAGCCAUGAAGGCUUAUUGAACACCAGAGAGACUAAACUGACUUACAAGAAAGACUGCUUCAGAAAAGAGAACAGAAAAUGCUUCCAGAAUCCUGAUAGAUGACAUUGUUUAACUGAAGGAACUUGGAGUGCACCAACCCUAUAGGAUCAAAUCAGCCAGGCUGAUCAAAUAACAAGGCCUCAUGCUAUUUAGAACUUUACAGCCCAGUUUAACUCAUAAACCUGUGAAGAAAAAUGGAGAAGUGUUGCAUUCUCUUUCCUGGAGAUAAGGUGGCCUAUACUUCUAAAAAACAGAGUUGUUCAAGAAACAUGCAAAAUCAGAUCAUGCAUUAAAAUUUGACCUUACUCUCUGAAUUAGGUGCUUGACUGAAGCUGAUAGAGAAUGGAAACAUUUCCUUGGCAAUGUCUCUGGGAAAACUCCUCCGUCGUGCCUCUUCCAAAGCAUCUGAUCUCCUGACCUUAAAUGCCAGCAGCAGCUGUGGUGGUUCGUCUUCCAUCUUGGAUGGAGAGAUUAUCUAUUCCAAGAACAAUGUUUGUGUCCACCCCCCUGAGAUGCUGCAAGGUGUUGUGGAACAUCAUCCAGGCUACUUGUGCUUGUAUAUGGAGAAGGAUGAGCUGCUUGGAACCACGCUUAUCCUGGCUUGGGUCCCCAACUCCCGUAUUCAGAGGCAGGAUGAAGAAGCUCUCCGUUACAUCACGCCCGAGAGCUCCCCUGUCCGCAAGGCUCCCCGCAAGCGCAACCGACACACUCAGGGUUUUGGCAUCCCUAUGCAGGCUUCUUCUGUUGAGCAGAAGCAAGCUGAGACCCCAAAGGAUGUGGAGGACAUUUUGACUGUAUCACAGCUGGUGAGGGAUGUGGCUCAUGUCAGCCCCCCUUCAGAAGAAGGGGACAAAUUGUCCCACAGCUGUUCAGCUACAUGCAACAUUCACAGCUCCGCUCAGCCUGCUCACAGUGACUCAGGAAUUUUAUCGACAAUCAGUUCUCAGGAUGAACAGAACCGAUUAGAGGAGUCCGUAGAGGAAGGGCUGGAGAGCCAUUUGGUGACAGGAGAAGAUGAAGGCUCUUUGGAGUUGUCUGCCGAUGAUGUUAGCAAAGAUAGCACGUUUGACUCGGAUUCAGAUGCCUUCUCUUCUCCAUUCUGCCUCUCACCCAUAAGUGAAGCACUUGUGGAAAAUGUUAGCUCUAUGUUCCUGGUUAAUGAAAACCGAGAUCCAUGUGAAAGCCACAUGACUCACUCAACCAGUUCCAGUUCAAGCCUUGAUCCCAGUUCCCAGUUCCAGGAGAAUAAUGGGCAGGUCCAGACCUCCAGAUGGGAUGAGCAACAGAAGGUCUUUGCCUUGGAACAGAUCUGUGGGGUCUUCAGAGUUGAUCUGGGACAGAUGAGAUCUCUUCGCCUUUUUUUCAGUGAUGAGGCCUGCACCAGUGGGCAGCUGGUGGUUGCUAGCCGGGAGAGUCAGUAUAAGAUUUUUCACUUUCACCAUGGUGGCCUGGAUAAACUCUCCGAAGUGUUUCAGCAAUGGAAGUAUUGCACAGAGACGCAUCUCAAAGACCAGCAGCUCACUGACGUGAAGACCUGCAUGCAGUUCUCCAUUCGCCGGCCCAAGCUCCCUUCCUCUGAGACCCACCCAGAGGAGAACGCAUAUAAGCGCUUAGAUGUCUCUGGGUGGCUUCGUCAUUUAAACAAGGCUGGACAAGUCGAAGAAGAGUACAAGCUGAGGAAGGCUAUUUUCUUUGGCGGGAUCGAUGUCUCAAUCCGUGGCGAAGUUUGGCCCUUCUUGUUGCGCUACUACAGCUAUGAAUCCACAUCGGAAGAGAGGGAGGCUCUCCGUAUUGCAAAGAGAGAGGAAUAUUUUCAGAUUCAACAGAAAAGGCUCUCCCUCGCACCAGAUGAGCAGAAGGCCUUCUGGAGGAAUGUGCAGUUCACCGUUGAUAAAGACGUGGUGAGGACUGACCGUAGUAACCAGUUUUUCCGAGGAGAGAACAACCCCAACGUGGAGACUAUGAGGCGGAUCUUGCUGAACUAUGCAGUGUACAACCCGGCCAUUGGCUAUUCCCAGGGAAUGUCUGACCUCGUGGCCCCCAUCCUUGCUGAGGUUCUGGAUGAAUCGGAUACUUUCUGGUGCUUUGUUGGUUUGAUGCAGAACACGAUCUUUAUCAGCUCCCCUCGGGAUGAGGAUAUGGAGAAGCAACUGAUGUACCUGCGAGAACUGCUGCGGUUGAUGCACAUACGCUUUUACCAGCACCUGUCUUCCCUUGGGGAGGAUGGCCUUCAGGUGCUUUUUUGUCACCGCUGGAUCCUCCUCUGCUUUAAGCGAGAGUUUCCGGAUGCUGAAGCCCUGCGCAUGUGGGAAGCCUGCUGGGCUCAUUACCAGACAGACUAUUUCCAUCUCUUCAUCUGUGUGGCUAUUGUGGUGAUCUAUGGGGAUGAUGUCAUUGAACAGCAACUGGCUACGGACCAGAUGCUACUACACUUUGGGAACCUCGCCAUGCACAUGAAUGGGGAGCUCAUACUCAGGAAGGCUAGGAGUUUGCUCUAUCAGUUCCACCUGCUACCCCGGAUCCCCUGCAGUCUGCAUGACCUGUGCAAACUCUGUGGAACAGGCAUGUGGGACAGUGGCUAUAUCCCCGCUGUGGAAUGUACUGGAAAUCACCCUGACUCUGAUAGCUGCCCAUAUGGAGGCACGGUGGAUGAACCAUCUCCCAAGUCAGGAAAUGAUUGCAGAAGGGGACUUAAAACACGAGAGGUCUUUACUUUCCGGAAAUGACUGUUCAGGAUCAUAUCCCAGCUACGUAAGGACCUCAAAGCGGUGGGCACAGUUGGGGCCUGGCAAGCAAAAAAUGAAAGAAAAAAAAGGGUUUUUUUCUUCUGAUCCAAAAAUGAAGCUGGUUAUGGGAGGAGAACAGACAUGAUACAGAAUAGAAGAAUCUCCUGCUUUGUGAUCAGAGCUGGAUUUUGAGGUGCAUCUUACCAGGAAGCGGGUUGAUCAGACUAUGGAGUUGCUUUGUAGUUUGGAACAAAUGGAGAAAGAGGCUGAGCCCGGCAAAUCAGGGUCAAAAGUGACCCAGGAUUCCCUGCCUGCCUCCCUUGUUAUGUAGGGAAUAGCGGCUGCUUUAGAAAAUGAAUCCACAACCAGCAACCCUGAUGGUAGGUGAAGGGGCAGGGUCAACUUUGCUCUUUUGCCCCAGUGCACCCACACACCUAUGCAUGCAGAUACUGCUUUAACCAAAAUGCACCACUCACUGGCUUUAUGUGAAGCCACAAUGAUCAUCUGGAGUAUAGUCUGCCAAAAACAAUAAAAAUACAAACUUUGGAGUUCCUAAAGGAAACAUUUCAGCGUGUGUGUAAACCUUGGUCACUGUAUUUAAAAGGCCUUUAGUUUUUCUCCAUAUACACCUCAAAUGUUUGCCAUUAGGAAAGUGAGAAUCAACAGCUUCACUGUGAAUGUAAAUUAUGCAAAAAUCACACCUUGUACAAGGUGGUCUGCUUGAUUUAAACCUCUCAAAAAGAACAAACUGGAAAAAGUUCUUCUCGGUAUCCCAACAAUACCGAGACUUUGAGCCAUUUAGCUUCAUUAAGAACUUCUCUAGUGAGGACUUUGGUGGUCAGAGAAAUUGUGUUCAUUGUGUUCUCCUUUCAGACCAGUAGCCUACAUCUCGUGUCCUCCUCCAGUUCUACUCCUGUUGAUUUAACUGUUUCCUAGUUAAAAUAAUAACAAUAAAAAACCCCUCCUUACGUCAAGUGGUAGGAUCAUCCUGUAACAUUGAGGUGGUGUAAUGAAUGCCAACCUGAAUAACAUGAGGAUUCUUUCAGUCACUUAGUUCAGUUCAAAUGUUAUUUAAGUCAAAGACCAGCUAUAGAAGAAAACAAUUAACAAAUUGUUUAAAAAUAAAAGAGGAAGGAAGGCCAAGCUAAAAAGACAAUACCCACCAAUAUUACCAGUAUAGGUUUUCAACCAUUUUAAUUUGACUCUUCAUCGAAUAGCCGGGCAGUGGAGCUGUUCUUGCUACAUCUGUCCCAAAGAAGACACUUGGUUCUAGGUCCUAGGGGAAAUAUGCAAGCUGGAGUGGUGAGCAAAGGCAGCUACUUGGGGGGGGGGAAGGGGGGUGUUAAGUAUUUCUUGCUUAUUUUUAAAUCUAUUUAAAUGGUUAUAAUGCACGUGUAAGAGAGAAGCUCCACUCAGCUCUUGGGAUCUGUUGCUUUGAAAUAUAGGCCUUGCGCUGAAUGAGCCACCUAGCUCUUCACACAGGUUGUUAAGCUGUCUCCUUCAUAACCCUAGCAAAACCAGCAUAAUUUGCAACACCUCCCUGCUUCAGCCAAAAGCAGCCUGUUACUUUUUAUGGAAAUGGAAUUACCAAGUGCUGGUAAUUUCACCCAUUUUUUUUAAAAAAAAAUGAACAGAUGACCCCCCCCCCAAAAGAAGACUUUUUGAGCUUCCAAAUGGGUAGGAUUGCCUAUCCUUUGGAAGAGGAAUCUUUCCAAAUCUAGCUGAAAGGAAUCUGGUGGCUGGGCUAUAAAAUGUUAUUCAGUGCUUUGUCCAGAAAUUGUAUUUUUUUUUAAAAAAAAGAUAUAGCAUGGACAUUUCAGAACAAAUGCAAUUUAUUGUCAUCAAACUGCAGCAGUAGCUGGGUUGUAUUGAGAAUAGUUUCUAACAGCUUUCUUAGCCACCCAGAAUCGCUUUUCUGAGUAAAAUGGUCAGCAUAUAAAUUAAAUAAAUUAAAAAUGGAUUAAUAAAUAAAUAAGCUUUGCAAUACAGUAUAAUUGGACAUGAAUGCUACAGGUCAGAAUUUGAAUGUUUUACUUGGUUUCCGUACAUUUUUUAAGAUUGAAAUCCCAGUGGCAGACUAAUAGGGCUAUACUUAUAGACUGAAUUCGACAGAUCGAUCCCUGUGAUGCAAGGAAGGGAAUAGCCCUCAGCAGACCCAGGAGUUACUUUCACUGGGAAACAAAAACCAGGAAUUAAUUUUUUUCUCAACCAGAACAGAAUCUGGAACAUUACUGAAAUUCUCUAAUCAACUUGGACCAGAAGAAUUCCCAGUUGCCACUUCAGAAGGAAAUAAAAUACUUGCAUGUGUAUACUUAACUGUCUCUGCUGGAAUUAGAAAGAGCCUGUAAAAUAAAUUGCACAUCUGGGAAAUGCAGUUAUUUGGGAUUUGUACAGCACAACUUUCCCUCUUUAAUGAGUUCAGUUUCAGCCUGAGAUGUACAGUAUUUGGUUGGAGUCAAACUGAAGGCCAGCUUAUGCUUUGUGAUGGGUUCUGGUCAAUAUACAAAUUGCAACUUUUAAAUUUGUUGAAAGCUGGUAACUUUCAUUCCUCUAGUGUCAUUAAAUCAAUUAAAGUUAAUCACUGUAAUUCUUUAUUAAGCAUUUUUCCUCUUUAACAUUGGUUUAGUAGCAUCUUCAUUUGCACAUGUUUCUGAUUGUAUAAAUAAAUUUGAAUAAAAUCUUGUAUUUAUUAAGAA